AUUUCUGGACGUCGAAGGAGGAGGGCUGGAGGCUGGGCCAGCGGAAUGCUACGUGUCUUGGAAGUCCCUUUUUAAAACCCCCUCGUCUUCUUCUUCGAGAGCCGCAGCCAAAAAGUUUGGAGGUUACAACUCGAGCGACCGGCGGCAGACUCCUUCAUCCUCCCGAGCCCGUGUGUGUGUGCGUGUGUGUGAAGUGGACCAGUCCGGUGUUCAGCAGUCGGUCGGCGGUGUUAUACACUCGUGGGAAAAUGUCUGGAGUGAAAAAGCUUUGCACGGAUCUCAACAGGUCGACUAAUGUAGUGUACCAGGCCCACCAUGUCAGCCGGAGCAAGAGAGGGCAGGUGGUGGGCACCAGGGGAGGCUUCAGGGGCUGCACUAUCUGGCUCACAGGUUUGUCCGGGGCUGGUAAGACGACCAUCAGUUUCGCCCUGGAAGAGUAUCUCGUGUCCCAUGCUAUCCCCUGCUACUCGUUGGAUGGAGACAACAUUCGCCACGGCAUGAACAAGAAUCUGGGUUUCUCCGCACAGGACCGUGAGGAAAAUAUUCGUCGCAUCGCUGAGGUGGCUAGACUGUUUGCGGAUGCCGGGCUGGUGUGCGUCACCAGUUUCAUCUCUCCUUUCUCCAAGGAUCGUGAGGAGGCAAGAAAGAUCCAUGCAAAUGCCGGGCUGCCAUUUUUCGAGGUGUUCAUCCACGCUCCUCUUGAGGUGUGUGAGAGCAGGGAUGUAAAAGGACUUUACAAGAAGGCUCGUGCAGGAGAGAUCAAAGGUUUCACUGGGAUUGACUCAGACUAUGAGCGGCCUGAGGUUCCAGAUCUUGUGCUGAAAACUGGAGAACUCACAGUGAAUGAAUGCCUCCACCAAGUGUUGGAGCUGCUCAGGGAACGGGAUAUUGUACCAGGCGAGAUCAUGGAGGAGGUGAAUGAGCUCUUUGUUCCAGAGAACAAGCUGAAUCUCGCUUUGGCUGACGCAAACACGCUUCCCACCAUCAGCAUCACCAAGUUGGAUCUACAGUGGGUGCAGGUUUUGGCCGAGGGCUGGGCCAGUCCGCUGAAAGGCUUCAUGAGAGAGAGGGAGUUCCUUCAGGUCUUACACUUUGGAAACCUCCUCGAUGGCGGUGCUAUCAACUUGACUGUUCCCAUCGUCCUGCCUGUCAGCACCGAGACUAAGCAGCGCCUGGACGGCUGUUCGGCCAUGGCUCUGGAGUAUCAGGGUACGCGCGUAGCUAUCCUCAGGAAUCCAGAGUUCUAUGAACACCGCAAGGAGGAGCGCUGUGCCAGACAGUGGGGCACCACUUGUCCACAGCACCCUUACAUUAAGAUGGUAAUGGAGGGAGGUGAUUGGCUGGUAGGCGGUGACCUGGAGGUUCUGGAGCGAAUCAAAUGGAACGAUGGACUUGACCAGUACCGCCUCACCCCACAGGAGCUCAAGCAGAAGUUCAAAGACAUGAAAGCAGAUGCCAUAUUCGCUUUCCAGCUGCGUAACCCGGUCCAUAAUGGCCAUGCCCUGCUGAUGCAAGACACCAAGCGGCGUCUGCUCGAGCGAGGCUACAAGAAUCCAGUCCUCCUGCUGCACCCACUUGGCGGCUGGACCAAAGAUGAUGACGUGCCUCUGGACUGGCGGAUGAAGCAGCAUGCUGCUGUAUUGGAAGAGGGCGUCCUGGACCCCACCAACACCAUUGUGGCAAUUUUCCCCUCACCCAUGAUGUAUGCUGGACCCACAGAGGUUCAGUGGCACUGCAGAGCCAGGAUGAUUGCAGGAGCAAAUUUCUACAUUGUUGGCCGGGACCCUGCUGGCAUGCCUCACCCAGAGACCAAACAGGACCUGUAUGAACCCACCCACGGCAAGGUCCUCACCAUGGCACCCGGUCUCACCUCUGUUGAGAUCAUCCCAUUCAGGGUGGCUGCCUACAACAAGACGAAGAGGGCUAUGGAUUUUUAUGACAAAGCGCGACAUGCAGAGUUUGAGUUUAUAUCUGGAACCAAGAUGAGGAACAUGGCUCGGAGUGCAGAGAACCCUCCGGAUGGAUUCAUGGCCCCAAAGGCCUGGAGGGUGCUGGUGGAGUACUACACCUCUCUUCAGAAGGACAAGUAAUGAUAGCAAUCAGCUAGCCCGCCAACAGAGAUACGAUACAAGAAUACGAUGAGAAGAGCUUAAGAGGGGGUUUUAGAUAGUCUUUAAUUUAAUCAUAUAUAAAUAUACACAUUUAGAGUGAUGGAUUUUCAACAAUUAAUGAGUCAAUCUAGGUGUUUUAUACAAAUCUUCACCAAACCAAAAUGAAGUCUCUUACCGAGGUUAAGAAAUUGAAUUUUUACAUUUCUAUAAACAAUGUGAUUUAUGAAUCCAUUGUAGGUUUAUACACAUAUUAACUUAAGCUAUGUAUUUUAAUAAAUUAAAAGUGACUUGAGAUUCCUUUUUUAUUUUAGUUUUUAGGAGCACAUUCCAAUACAUGAAUACAUUUCUGAUAUUUACAGGUAAUUAUCUGAAGGAUUUGUUACAUGAAAACAUGUCGAUUACACUUUUUUAUCCCAUUUUAUGGAAAUUAUGUCUGUCAUGUUAUUUGUAAGAGCUGAAUAAGAGUCAGUUGAAGUUAUAUCACUACCUACUGUGCCUCAUUGUUUUUACAUGUAUGGAUGUUGAUUAAUUCAUCAUGUUCAUGUUUCAUAUGAUUGUGAAAUAUAACAUAGUUAUGAAUGUGUAAUAAUGUGAAAGUAGCCUCACUCUGAAAAAUGUCACCUUUGUUAAACAGAGACUGUUAACACUUCUGACUGGUGUUGGCCUGAAUGUCUCAGAGAAUUGUAUGAUUGUGUGAAGAGGGCUUGUGCAUUCAUUUAAUAAAGACUUUCAGUUUUAGGAGGACAAGGGUAGUCCCGUGCACUGAUACAUGGGCAGGUUUGUGAUUGGGCAUUACUGGUUCCCCCUACACUGAGAUAAUUCAUAAGAUAAGAUACAAAGGCACUUGUAUUACAUAUUUGAAUUUCUUCACAGAUAUGUUAGUCCUGAUUGCAUCUGUGUGCAGCUGGUUGUGCAACAUACCUGGCAGUAACUUCUGUCUGUACAAGGUGCACACAUAUCGAGCGAAGGUUGAAGUUGAAUGGGCAGUGAAGCAUUAUGGGGCUGCAAAACCAAAAGUGCAACGCUGCCAUCUGCUGGUUAAACAGUAAAAAGUACUGCAUUUAAAAUGA